AUGGCACUACCUGUUGGCCAUGGCACAGCUCCAUCUGGAGCAGAUGCUGCAGGCGUCCAGCAUCCAGCGACCGUCCCUCCUGGUGGUUUGCAGCCCCUUGCUGAGGAAGCAGAGCCUGCAGACCAGGGCAAGGUGGAGGGAACUGUCAAGAGUAAACCUGGAGACCCUGCAGUAGCAAGAGAUGGACAGGAGCUGUACUCAAUGGACAGCUCUCUGUCCUCCUCGGACAGCGAGGAUGAGGGUCUCGAGCAAGAUGACAAGAAGAAGAAGAAGAAGAAAAAGGAGGAGAAGACGAAGAAGGAUGGGGAGAAAGAGUACGUCUGGGACAGUGUUAUCAUAUCUGAGUCUGGUCCCGAUGGCCAUCUGGAACAGUGUGAUGAAGGUCUGAAUAUGGAUGAAGAGCAGAAUGAGCUCAGUGUUACUGCUCUUUCAGCAGCUGAUGGUGAGGUUGCAGGAUCAAGUGCUGAUGGAGAUAAAAAGAAAGAUAAAGCUGCUGACAAGGCCAAGAAAGACCUUAAAGCAGCGGACGAAGGCAAACUGUGCUCUACAUUGGCAGAUGACAAGAAGAAGAAGAAGAAGAAAAAGAAGAAGAAGAAGAAGGACAACUCUUCUGAUGAUUGCUCUUCUUCUUCCUCAUCCUCCUCUUCCUCUGAUAGUGAUGAUGAUAAGAAGAAGAAGAAAAAGAAAGAUAAGAAGAAGAAGAAGAAGAAGGAUUCUUCUUCUGACUCCUCCAGCGAUUCUUCUAGUGAUAACGAUAAGAAGAAGAAAAAGAAGAAGAAGGAUAAGAAGAAGAAGAAAAAGAAAGACAAGAACAAGGACUCAGAUUCUUCUAGCAGUGAUGAGGACAAGAAGAAGAAAAAGAAGAAGGACAAAAAGAAGGACUCAAGCUCCAGUUCAUCUGAUAGUGCCAGUGGCAGUGACAAGGAAAAUAAAAAGGACGACAAGAAGAAGAAGAAGGAGAAGAAGGAGAAGAAAAAGAGUCCCGGCUCAUCAGGAAGUGAAACUGACAAGAAGAAGAAGAAGAUUGAAUGCCCUAAUGGUGAGCAAAGCAGCGAGCCAAAAACAGAAGUUCCAGGCUCAGGUGGCAGUGCUUUUUCAGCUCCCAGUGGCAGCUUAUCGAAACCCGGCGGUGCUCCUGGCGUUGCUACUGUCGUCUCCUAUGUGUCACUCCCCUCCAAACCUGUAGUGAAACUGGGGGAACCUCUGAGUCCUUCAGCUGUCUCCAAGCCCUCUGUACCUGGCUCCACACUGAGUAUGGGAGAUAGGUCCCUGAGUAUGGGAGAUAGGUCCCUGAGUAUGGGAGAUAGGUCCCUGGGUAUGGGAGAUAGGGCCGUGAGUAUGGGAGAUAGGACCGUGAGUAUGGGAGAUAGGACCGUGAGUAUGGGAGAUAGGGCCGUGAGUAUGGGAGAUAGGGCCUCCAUUCGCAGACCUCCCAGCCCCAUGGAGUCCUUGAUGGGGAGCCCAAGGAAGCCUGGAGACGGAACGACCCGUACCUCCUCCUACCUCACCUCUGGUGACCUAUUGAAAGGCCCAAAGCCUUACCAAUAAUGAGAUGUCAUAGACCAAAAUAGAUGUUACUGAUUUUGUUUAAAAAGCACUGCAUAUAUGACACUCAGGAUGUUGAAUGUGAUGAUGGGAUAUGCUCUAAUGAUGCUCUCCGUGCUCUGAUUUCAUGCAAGAAAAAGUUGAGAAAAACUAUUUUAUUUUUUAUUCGUAAGAAAUAGCAAUGUUGUGGAAAUGUCAACUCACAAUCUCAUUAAAAAUAAAAAAACCAUGCUUUGCGGAAUAAAACAAUAUUAUUUUA